CCAGGUCAGCAGAUGGCGAUGUUUUCUGCUUUUUGGUGGUUUUGCACAACAAAUCAAAUCCAACAUGGCGGCCCAGAGAAUAGCAUGUUCAGGGUUAAGUGCCCUGGGUUCCAGUGUUUUCGCUCCACAGCAGGCCCUGCGGAGCUGCUGGGGGGUGCUGGAGCAGGCGAGGGGUUACUAUGUUAACUGGAGGAUGCUGAGGGACGUCAAGAGGAGGCAGAUGGCCUUCGACUAUGCUGACGAGAGGCUACGUAUCAACGCACUGAGGAAGAACACCAUCCUACCCAAAGAGCUUCAGGAGGUAGCAGAUAAAGAAAUUUCCGCACUGCCCAGAGACAGCUGCCCCGUGAGAAUACGCAACAGGUGCGUGAUGACUUCCAGGCCCCGCGGAGUGAAGCGGAGAUGGCGACUGAGCCGGAUCGUUUUCCGUCAUCUAGCUGAUCACAACCAGAUGUCUGGGAUUCUGAGGGCAAGGUGGUGAUCAGGAGCCGUUGGACACUCUUCAAAUUGGACCAUAAAAAACAAGUGGAUAUGUGGUUGUGAUCAGCAGGAUGUCAGCUCUCAACACCGACUUGAUUUGGGCUUUUAUUGUCUGGAGUCUUUACAGGUUUUGACAAUAGUAAAACCGUUCCACCACCAGCCACAAAAUCCUGGAAGGUGUUCAAGGGGAAUCAUCUGAGGGCACUGCAGCUUGUUACAGUAUUUUGUGCUGAAGAGGAUGUGAAUAUUCCCUUUCUGUAGAUUGUUCGUUUCCUGAAAAAGUAAGUCCAUGUUACUUACUGUAUGCUAAAAGUAUAUUGGAGAAUAAAUAUUGUUGCACAUGG